CAUCCGGUAGAGUUAGAGCCCGUGCGGAGGCGGUGCGGAGCGGUUCGGCUCUGAGCUGCUGGGCGACCGGCGCGUCGUGCGGGGCUGCGGCGGAGCCUCCUUAAAGAAGGUGCAAGAGGUUGGCAGCUUCGAUUGAAGCACAUCGACCGGCGACAGCAGCCAGGAGUCAUGAGCGACAGCGGCGAGCAGAACUACGGCGAGCGGGUUAAUGUUGAAGAAGGAAAAUGCGGAAGUCGUCAUUUGACAAGUUUUAUAAAUGAGUAUUUGAAGCUCAGGAAUAAGUGAAGCUGAAAUUUGAAAAAAUAAAAGAAAGAAUGCAUGCUAAUUAUCAGACCAGAAGUCCCACUUGUAGAAUAUUGAGCAAUUUGUGUGAAGUGGGGAAGAUGAAAGAAGUCAGAAUUUGAAACGGAAGAAUGAAGAAAAGAAAUAAAAAUGAAGUUAAGAUAAGAAGUAAUCUGGAAUCAGAAAGCACUACGCUAAGAAUCCCGUUCUGCUUCCAGAAGUGGAAGUGCUCACGGAUCGGGGAAAUCUGCAAGGCAUACCCCUGCAAGGUCUCGCUCCAAGGAAGAUUCCAGGCGUUCCAGAUCAAAGUCCAGGUCCAGAUCUGAAUCUAGGUCUAGAUCCAGAAGAAGCUCCCGAAGGCAUUAUACCCGGUCACGGUCUCGCUCCCGCUCCCAUAGAAGAUCACGUAGCAGGUCUUACAGUCGAGAUUAUCGUAGACGGCACAGCCACAGCCAUUCUCCCAUGUCUACUCGCAGGCGUCAUGUUGGGAAUCGGGCAAAUCCUGAUCCUAACUGUUGUCUUGGAGUAUUUGGGCUGAGCUUGUACACCACAGAAAGAGAUCUAAGAGAAGUGUUCUCUAAAUAUGGUCCCAUUGCCGAUGUGUCUAUUGUAUAUGACCAGCAGUCUAGGCGUUCAAGAGGAUUUGCCUUUGUAUAUUUUGAAAAUGUAGAUGAUGCCAAGGAAGCUAAAGAACGUGCCAAUGGAAUGGAACUUGAUGGGCGUAGGAUCAGAGUUGAUUUCUCUAUAACAAAAAGACCCCAUACACCAACACCAGGAAUUUACAUGGGGAGACCUACUUAUGGCAGCUCUCGCCGUCGGGAUUAUUAUGACAGAGGAUAUGAUCGGGGCUAUGAUGAUCGGGACUACUAUAGCAGAUCAUACAGAGGAGGAGGUGGCGGAGGAGGAGGAUGGAGAGCUGCUCAAGACAGGGAUCAGAUUUAUAGAAGGCGGUCACCUUCUCCUUACUAUAGUCGUGGAGGAUACAGAUCACGUUCCAGAUCUCGAUCAUAUUCACCUCGUCGCUAUUAAAGCAUGAAGACUUUCUGAAACCUGCCCUAGAGCUGGGAUAUUGUUUGUGGACAAUAUUUUUUAUUGUCUCUUGUUUAAAAAGUGAACAGUGCCUAGUGAAGUUAGGUGACUUUUACACCUUUUAUGAUGACUACUUUUGGUGGAGUUGAAAUGCUGUUUUCAUUCUGCAUUUGUGUAGUUCGGUGCUUUGUUCAAAGUUAAGUGUUUUCAGAAAAGUAUGUUUUGCAUGUAUUUUUUUACAGUCUAAAUUUUGACUGCUGAGAAGUUUCUAUUGUACAAAACUUCAUUUAAAAGGUUUUUCUACUGAAUCCAGGGUAUUCUGAAGAUCGAAGCCUGUGUAAAAUGCUACCAAAUGGCAAAAAGCAACAAUAAACAGUUUGAUUUUUACUUUUCUUUCUAACAUAUCAAUGCUUAGCAGAACUAUUCAGAUUAAGUUGUCAGUAGUAAAUUUAAAGACAAAUGCCCAUUUUCCUCCAGUCCAUGAAACAUACCAUACUUAUAUAACUGCAACUAAAUGUUAAAAAUUAUGCUCUGUAACUCUGUACUGCUAGUAUUAGAACUAAAAACCUUAAAAUACAGCCAGUGCUUAAUGCUUAUAUAAAUGUGGAUUUGUCAGCUUUUAUGUAAUCUGUAAUAUGUAUAGCAGGAAAUAAGAAACGAAGAGUUACACAGUGUAUGCCUUAAAAGGCUGUUUCUUAAAAAGCUGUUACAAGGGGAUAAUGGUAUUUCAACUAGUUAUCAGCAAGUGACAAUACAUUCCACCACAAAUAUACUCUUGUUCUUCUAGCUUUUAGACUAUAUGAAAAAACUGGGUGCUUCAGAGUACAUGAUAAGAGAAGGGAACACUACACCUGUGUCAUGGAUGAACUGAAGACUUUGCCUGUUCAUUUUUUAAAUAUUAUUUUCAGGUCCUUUGCUUACCAAAGGAGGCCCAAUUUCACUCAAAUGUUUUGAGAACUGUGUUUAAAUAAACGCAAAUGGAAAGAAAAA